CAUCCAACAAUAUAUAUCGAUAUAUUGAUAUGCCAAUUUAUAUCAUCCCUAUCUUGCAUUUAUUUGCCUUUUGCUGGUAGUUGAAAUUUCAAGAAAACCGAGAUUGUUAAAUAUACCAAAUUAGAACGUUUUACAGAGAAAAUAACAUAGCAGCAAUGCUGCAGUUUAAUAUUAAUUUUAUUAAACACGCUGACGAUAACUUUUGAGGCAAAAUUCAAUGCUUAAUCAGUAGAGAGACACGGAGAGAAAAUCCGACCGACCGACCGACCGACCGACCGACCGAACCAGGAGACGGAGAGUAGGUGGAGCGUAUAGCCACCAUCCACACGACGCCCACCAAUAGAGGCACCGCCACAGACACCAACAACCACACACAAAACGAUAUAGAGAAAGAGAGGAGCAGAAGCAGCAAGAGCAACAACCAGCAGGAGGGAGCAGAAGCUUCCGGAGCGGCGAGGCGCGAGGCGAAAGGCGAUUCCCGCCCGAGCCCGAGCCGGAGCCGGAGCCCGGGCCAUCGCCAUCGCCAUGAAGGUGGACACGGUAAAGCUGAAGAAGGGCUCUUCGGAGCUGACUUCCGAGUGCCGCGAACUGAUCGAUGAGCUGACAAAGCGAAGGACACGCGCGGAGUUGCUCGAGUUUCUCGACAAAAUCCACGUGUGGAUCUACGGCAAGUGCGAGCUCUAUCACUGGAUCGAGAUACUCGAUCGUUUCGACAAGAUUCUGGAUGAGGCAGCCCGACAUGUGAAUUCCAAUGAAUUUGUGCUCCAAUGCGACACACAAUUCCACUCAACGGUAGGUCCACCCACGGACGUUACACUGCUGCUGCAUGUGCUCAACUUUACGACACUCCUGAUCGAGCACUCGUUCUCGCGGCAUCUGUACAACUCGAUCGAGCAUCUGACGCAGCUGCUCUCUUCACAGAACAUGGACAUUGUCCUGGCGGUCCUCAAUCUGCUGUACAUGUUCUCGAAGCGCAGCAACUUUAUACCGCGCCUGCCCUUCGAAAAGAAGGAAUUGCUGAUUGUUAAAUUGUUCAACAUAGCAGAGCGGUGGGGCGACCCAAACUAUGGCCUCUCGCUCAAGGACUGCUGCAUUGGCGAGCCAAAGCUGGAGUUUCUCUAUCAGCUGUGCAUCGACUAUGUGGACGAGCACGGCCAUGCCGCCCAGCUGGAAAUCCCUGACAUGAUGGACCUAUGCCACACGGCAUCGGCACCGGAUGUGAUCAAAACGAUUGCCGGACAGAUCUCAAAGCCCAGCGAGGCAAUAAAGAUGCGCAUUGCUCAUCGCGUGCGUCUCAUUUCUGGAUUCAACAACUACAAGCUGCGCCUGCAGUUUGUCCAGGCCCGCCUGCAGGCCGUCUCCAUUCUGAUCUACUCGAACGCCCUGCAGGACAACACGGACAAGGUGCUGUACCCGGGCUUCGGCGAAGAGCUCUGCGAGCUGAUCGACAAGGAGGACGUGAUCCUGGUGGAGAUACGGGCCGCCGUCUUGCGCACCCUCACAUCGAUGCUGCACUUUGAUCGCAAUCCGAAUGUGCCCAGCAGGGCCGGAUCGCGGCUAAUGAAGAUUGUCCAUUACACAGGCGCCGAGCGUCAGGGCGGCACACUGCCGCUCCUGGUGCGCGACUGCAUUAACAAUCUGACGACACACGGGCUCACGGAGCGCUACCCCCUGAUCCUGGCCACGUCGCUGUUCUCGCUGCUGUACCAUCUGGCCAGCUACGAGCUGGGCGGCUCCGCCCUCGUGAAGAGCGGCAUGAUGCAGUCCCUGCUGUGCGUCAUCAGCUGGCCAGGCGUGGACCUGGAGCACAUAACCUUCGUGACGCGGGCCGUGCGGGUGAUUGAUCUGAUCACGAACAUCGACAUUGCCCGCUUCCACCAGAACAACGGACUGAACGUGUUCAUCGAUCGCCUCGAGAAGGAGAUCAAGAGCUGCUGCAAGGCUCUGGCGGACAUCGGCAUCACCCUGAAGGAGUCCACGCUCAGGGACGAGGACGGGAAGCUGGACAUGUCGCUGGACCUAGUGGAUGCGGACAUUGAAGAGGGCAGUGGCUCCUCCCCGCAUCGCGACGCUUCCGAUGAUCGCCUGGGAGGCGGCACUCUCGACGAGGAAGACGAGGAUCAGGAGGGGGACGAGGGGGAGGAUCAUGAUCUCGACCUGGAGGCGGCCGGACCCAGUGGUUCCAGCAUCAUGGCCGUCGCGCCCGUCGUCGGCGGCAGCGAUGAGGGCGCCGAGGGCAGCGGAGCCGCAGGCAGCAGCAGUGAUCGUGCCGAUCCUGCCGACGCAGGCCUCGCCGUGGUCGUGUAUCCGGCCAACAGCUACUACGCCCGUCCUCUGGCCGAACGGAAGGCCGAGCUGUCGCAGGCCCUGCUGCCGCCGAGCAGCGUCCAGCCGAAGAAGCCGUCGUGCGUGACGCAGCGCGCGGCGCUGCUCAAGUCGAUGCUGAAUUUCCUCAAGAAGAGCAUCCAGGACCAUGCGCACUUCAGCAACAUGCGCAACAUCAUGGAGACGUCGCUCACGCAGUCGCUGCGGCACAUCAUCGCGAACGCCGAGUACUACGGGCCCUCGCUGUUCCUCCUGGCCACCGACGUGGUCACCGUGUACGUGUUCAACGAGCCCUCGCUGCUCUCCUCCCUCCAGGAUCUGGGCAUCACCAGCGUCAUGCUGAAGGCCCUCCUCCAGAAGGACGUCCCAGCGACGCGGGAGGUUCUCGGCUCCCUGCCCAACGUCUUCUCCGCGCUGUGCCUGAACGAGCGCGGCCUGUUCGAGUUCCUCUCGUACGAUCCGUUCGACAAGGUGCUCAAGGUGCUGCUCUCCCCGGACUAUCUGGUGGCGAUGCGCAGGCGCCGCUCCUCCGAUCCGCUGGGCGACACGGCCACCAAUCUGGGCAACGCCAUGGACGAUCUCAUCAAACACCAUCCGUAUCUGAGGGCCGAUGCCACCGAAGCGAUUGUCCGGCUGCUCAACGAGCUGGUGCGCCUUGGCUCCGAUCCCUCGUUCAUCUGCUGGCGGGCCAACAAGGAGAGCAGCGGCUCCGGCUCCGGCAGCGGCGGCUCCCAUGGCUCUCAUGGCGCCCACGGUGUCCUGCCCUCGGUCGCCGGAGGCGCCCCCAUGGUGAUGGUGGCGGGGGCAGGCGGAGGCACCGUCUCCGUGCUGCAGAGUGCGGCCAAUGACAACAACAACGACAGCAGCGGCGACGACGACGACGACGAUGACGAGAUGAGCUCCGCCUCGCAGCAACAGCAGCACCAGCAGCCGCCACAGGGAACAGGAGUCGUGGUCGGAGGAGUCGGCGUCGGCGUCGGAGUCGCCGCAGUAGUGGCCUCUACAUCACGUGGCAGCAGUGCCGCACCACAGACACCAGGCGGAUCGACUGGAACAGGAACAGGAACUGGAGCAGGAACUGGCGGAACGGCAGGAGGAUGCCCCACCGUGGCCAGCACUUCUUCGGCUACGUCUUCGUCCGCGGCUCUGGUCCGCGCCUCUGUGGCGCCGCCCGAGCGCGAGGCCAUACCACUGAUCGACUACAUCCUGAACGUGAUGAAAUUCAUCGAAGCGAUCUUCAGCAACAGCCCGAACGGCGACCACUGCCGCGAGUUUGUCCUGCACGGCGGCCUCAAGCCCAUCCUGCAGCUGCUGUCGCUGCCCAAUCUGCCCGUGGACUCGCCCGUCUCCACCACGUCGCAGGCGGUGGCGAACGUCUGCAAGGCGAUCCUCAGCCAGGCGCAGGAGACGAAGGUGCUGGACGUGGCCCUCAAGCAGCUGGCGGACAUUGUGGGCAAGCUGAAGCCCCUCAUCAAGCACUUCACCUUUCCGGGCGGGAGCGUGCUGCUCGCGGAGCUCGUGUGCUGCCAGCGGCUGGAGGACGGCUUCGCCAAUGCCGAGUACACGCCUAUCCUGCACAACAUGAGCUUCGUCCAUGGGUACGUGGUGAUGCUGGUGCACCUGUGCCGCAACGCCUCCACCGACAUGCGGGCCAUUCUCCUCAAGCGCUGGGGCGUCAACCGCGAGACCGGAGUCCAGCUGCUGCAGCAGCUCGUCCAGCUCUACAUUUCGCUGGUGUGGGAGAGCACCAUUCUGCUGAAUCUGUGCUCGGACGAGCCCACCCAGCAUCCGGAUCUCAUCUGGGACGAGAUUGCCGCCCAGAUGUCGGCGGCCGCCGGCACCGCCGAUCCCCUCACGGAGGCGGAGCUCUCCCGCAAGCUGGAGCGCGCCGCCGAGUUUCGCACAAAGUACACGCCCGAGGAGCAGUUCCGGUACAUCAAGAGCCUGCUGGCGGCCAGCUCCCGGCUGGGCCGAGCCCUCGCCGAGCUGCUUGGGACGCUCGUGAAGCUGUCGGUGGGCUCGCCGCAGACGCGCCAGCGCCGGAUCAACGAUCUGAUCAGCAACAUAAACAAAGUUCCUACCCCGGAGGCGCGCGAGAUAGCGCGGAUACUGAGCUCCAUUCUGGUGAACGGCUUCAGCCACGAGAGCAUCCUGCCGAAGCCGGUGCCCAAGCUGAAGCUGACGUUCCUCAUCUGCUCGGUGGGCUUCACCGGGCCGAUGCUGUUCGACGACAAGCGGAGCGCCUUCCACCUGAUGAUCUCGCAGUUCUGCGCCGAGAACGGCCUCAAGGCCUUCUUCGAGAUGUUCUACUGGGCGCUGUCGCUCGACGCCGAGUCGACGAAGUUCGAGUUCAAGCAGUGGGCCUCCAUGGAGGACCUGAUGCAGUCGCACGAGGACGACAAGCGCGACUGUCCGGAGGGGACCGGCGAGUUCCUCGACGCCUGGCUGCAGCUGCUCGAGAAGAUGGUCAAUCCGCGGGCGAUGCUCGACUCGCCCUACACGAUGAGUCCACGCCUCAACUACAUGCCCGACACGGUGCCCUUCGAGCCCGUCUUCUAUCUGAUCCACAUCCACCAGCUGGCGAUGCAGGCCCUGCGCCGGAUCUGGGCCCGGCGGCCCAUCGCCAACUACGGGGCCAGCAUGUUCGAGACGAUGAUCCUCAUCGUCAAGCACCUGGUCAAGUCGCACGCUACCCUGCUGGAGCGCUACCACACGCGCCUGAAGGAGAUCAAGUUCGAGAACCUCUACAUCCGCAGCACCGACGACGGCCUCAACGUCGAGCACAUCAAGACGCUGACGGACAUGGGCUUCACCCACUACCACGUGGUGGAUGCCCUGCGCAACAACGGCUCCCUGGAGGAGGCCACCGACUAUCUGCUCAACAAUCCGGAGGCCAGUGCGCAUGCCACCACGAGUGCUGCUGCUGCCGGUGCCGCUGCUGGUGCCGGUGCCGCUGCUGGUGCUGGUGCUGGGGCCGGUAUUAAUAUCCCCACAGCACCGACAGCGCCCACCCCGCCGCCCUCUGCCAUGGAGAUCGGCAUGGACGGACCGGGCAUGGAGGGGGGCGAGUCCUCGGGCGGGGGUUCCGGCUCGACCAUCAGCCUGGGCCCCACCCCGACGCCCACGUUCAGCCAGUACAAGUCGGGCGGCAAUCCCUCGAGCUACGACUACAAGCAUCUGAAGCUGAUGCCGCCGAUGAUCUUCGACCGUUUCUGCGACGAGGCCAUCUCGCGCGCCUUCGAGUUCAUGGAGGCCAUACCGGACGUCGUGAACAGCGCCUCGGACCUGAUCGCGGUGCUGUACAGGCGCCACAACCACCUGAACAAGCAGGUCUUCGUCACGAACUUCGUGCGCAACAUCAUCCAGUGGGUGGACUUUACGCUGCAGCUGUUCGAGAACCCGCGGCUGCCGGGCGCCACCGCCCGCGGCACGCGCCUCGAGGAGUGCCUCACGGGCAUGACGGCCACCCGGCUGUUCGUGCGCCUCAAGACGUCGACGCUGCUGCUGGACGAGAACUUCAGCGACAUGCACAGGCCCCUCGUGGAGGCGAUCAACGCCCAGGACGCGAUGGUGUCGCUGGUCAAGCUGCUCGACUGCAUGGCCCAGUGGAUGAUGGAGCAGUCGGAGAAGCCGCAGGCGGAGCGCAUCACAGUGCCCCGCUGGGUGCAGAACCUCGUCGACCUGAUCGACGCCAUCGACAGCAUCAGCCACAUUCUGCAGCGCAAGUCGAACAUGCGGGCGGUGUGCAGCGACGUGUGGCGCUGGUACGACGCCUCCACGGGCAAGUGGAACGCCUACUCGGACGCGAACAACGACCUCAUCCGCAACGCCUACAACUCCGGCGAGCGCUGGCUGCACAUCAACAUCGGGCGGCAGCGGUGCACCGUCUCCUUCAACUGCAUGACGCAGGUGAGCGAGGCCUCCGGCAGCCAUCGGCCGGUCUUCCCGGCCCUCAAGCUGAGCGAGGCCAUCUCCAAUCUGAACAACCCGGUGGCGGCCACCAAGGUGGAGCAUCUGCUGAAUCGCGUCUUGCGCACAGCGGCCGACGGCCAGGGCACCACCCACACGGACGAACUGAUUUCGCUGCGGCAUCUGAUGACCUUCGGCGAGGGCCAAAACACGACCCCCACGAUGGUCCAGCCACCAGGCACAGCCACAGCCACAGCUACAACGGCAGGGGCAGCGGCAGGGGAAGGGCCAGCGGCAUGGGCAUCGGCAAGGGCAACGGCAACGGCAGCAGGCACCAGCGACGAGACCUCCAAUGAAAGUGGAGCCAACUCUUCGAUGGGGGGCGGGGGGGCCAGAGCACGUACCCGCUCGCCGCCCGCCUCCGCACCAAUGACGACACGCAGCAAGUCCCGGCAGAAGAGCGCCGCCGCUGCGGCGGCCGCCAAGGCCAAGACAUCGACGACGUCGGCCACGACAUCGUCGGCGGCCUCCACGGCCACACCCUCGAUACCCAAGCGCACGCAGAGGAUCCUGCUGAGCGAGGAGAACGUGGGACUGAGCAAAUUCGACUGCGCCCGGAUCAUUGGGAGCAUUGUGUCGCUCCUGCAGCCCCCGAACCUGCUGCAGCACGAGACGAAGCUCUCGCUGCUGCGCCUCUGCGCGCGUCUGACGCGCAACUACGAGAACGCCCAGACAUUCAUACGCUGCGGGGGCGUCAAGAUGCUCCUGCAGCUGCAGCAGUCGUGCAGCUUCAUGGGAUUCCCGACGUACGCGAUCAUCAUCCUGCGGCACGUGCUGGAGGCACCGCCAGUGCUGCAGGAGGCCAUGGAGCGGGUCCUGGGGAUGCGUGCCGCCGGCAUAGUGCCCGUGGGACAGCGCGAUUUGAUCUUCGUGCUCACCCAGGUGUCGACGGCGGUGUCGCGCAACCCGCAGAUCUUCGUGGCCGCCGCCAAGGAGAUGCUGCGCGGCGAGUACCUCAUGAACUCGAACAGCUCGAGCGGCAAUGCCCUGGCGGACGAGGCCCGCGUGAUGGUCAAGUCGAAGUUCGGCCAGCAGCCGACAGCCGCCUCCGGGGGACCCAAUCCGCAGACACCGGCCCCGGCCCCGCCCGCCAAGGAGGAGAUGUGGGAGGACCCGAUGGUCCAGUCGGCCGUGUCCGUGCUCAAGGAGCUGCUGCUGGCCCUGGUCCAGCCGUGCUGCCACUACACCAAAGCCAUUCCCACGAGCGACCAUCCCAAGGCGGCGGCAGAGCCCCCGCCUCAAACGGAGGAAGGGCUUCCCGGCGCCCAGCCACAAUUUGGGGCCAUGGAAGAGGACGAGCCCACACAUGAGCAGCAGCAGGCUCAGCCCCAGGCACAGGCACAGCCACAGGCAUCGACCAGCGGCAGCAAGAAAGGAGGUGCAGGUCCUGGAUCGGCGCCUGCCCCUGCUGCCGCUCCCGCCGCUGGUGGCGCUCCUUCGGGGGAUGGCAAGUACGAGCCCUGCUGCUGCACCUGGCACGUGCCCACCGCCGUGCACACCCACUCGAAGCCGACAAUCUCCCGUGCGACGCUCCUCAAGCUGCUGGCAGACGCCACACGGGCCUACCAGUCGCUGCUGCCCAGAGUGCUGCUCGGGCACGUGUACACCCCGGCAGACAGUCCGCUGAUCGAGGGGCCCCAGAUGACGUUCAUGGCCGUGCUGAUGGACCGCUUUCUGCCCAUCACGAAGCGCCACCACGUCCCGGAGGUGAGCACCAUGGCCCGUGUGCUCAUCUGCUCGCUCUCCGACUGCUACCAGGUGCCUGGAGUGCAGGUGCAGGUCGCGGAGGAGCUGCACGCGGCGGUGGCGCGGGCGCUGGCCCAGCCGGACUCCUCGGAGAAGCAUACGCGCCUGCAGGUGCUGAUGAGCCUCUUCCCGAACCUCAUCGAGGCUCCGAUGCUGUUCGACAAGGUGCACAUGCACCGCAACAACAUGUACCGCGUCCUGCUGCGGCAGGGCGUCAUGACGUACCUCACCAAGAUCGCCCAGUACAAGGAUCUGUCGAACCACAACACCCUCAGCACCCUGGCCUCCAUCCUGCGGCCCAUGGAGAUCCUGCUGCGGUUCAGCGUCUCCACCACGACCCUCGGGUCGAAGCGGAUACUAUUCGGAGGCGCCAGCACGAGCGGAGCGGGCGGCUCGGGCGCCGGAAACAACUCCGCGGGCUCGGGCAUUGGCGGCUCCUCUGUGUCCACCCUGGGCGGCGGAGGAGGCAACAGCGGCAGCAACACCUACGGCACCAUCAUCAACCGACGCCUGUAUCCGCGCAUGGCCGCACGCGCCGCCGCCGGAGCGGCUGUCGAGCGCUCGAACGGGAUGGGCGGCGAGCACGUCCUGCGGGACAUAAUCCGCAACGUGCUGUCGGACAGGCGUCACGCCUUUGAAUUCAUCUUCAACUCGGACGAAAUGGCCGUCGACCCAGAGGAUGCGGCCCCCCCAACAGCAGGCGGAGCCGGAGGAGGAGGCGCCGGCGGCGGAGGCGGAGCAGGCUCAGGCGCAGGAACUGGGGCAGGAGGCCUUGGAAUGGGCCUGGGAAUGGGCCUCGGACUGGGAUCGAGCAGUAGCAUCACCAGUGCGGCCGCCGGCUCCGUCAUCGAUGUUGUGGGAGAACGGAACAGCAGCAGCAGCGGGGGAGGCGGCAUCGGAGGAGAAGCCAACGAUGGGCCAUCUGGCUCUGCAGGUGCCACUGGAGGCCCCGUCCGGCCCGUGCUCAACUUUGACCAGCUCUGGGACGACUUUCUGCAGAGCGAGGGCCUGCGUCUGGCCUCGCGAGCAGGCGGGGCCGGAGGCAGCGGCAGCGGCAGCUCUUCGCAGCAGCAGCACCCGCAGAACGGAGCAGCCUCAAGCGGGACGAGUGGCGGAGGAGCAUCUGGCUCUGGCGCCGGCUCUGGCAGCUCCAUCAACGUAGAUCCCCGUCUGCGCGGCUCCCAGCCGGACAGGCUCCUCCUGGCCCCGGGCGAUGGAUCCAAUGCAAACAGCGGCGGCAAUGGCAACAGCAGCUCGGCCAACGACAACGGCCUGGGCGGCGGCAACAGCGACGGCGCCUCCACCUCCUCCGAUACGGGGGCCCGCGAGAACCGCCGCGAGAUGACCUCGCUGCUGGGAGACGCCAGCAGCUCGGACUCCGACUCGGACGGCUCCUCGGAGAACGAUGAGCGCAACGACGAGGAGGACGACGACGAGGACGAUGCACCCGACGAGGAGGCGGACGAGCACAGCGAGACGGACGUCGACGAGGAGCGGCCCCGCCAGUUCAUCGAGGUAUUCGACCACAUCUACGAGCCGGAGUCCUCCGAGACGGCCUCCAACGAUGCCGACGUCGACGCCGACGACGACGACGACGACGAGGACGUCGAUGACGACGACGACGACGAAGACGACGCCGAUGACGAGGACCAUCGUGCCGCCAUCGACGAUCCCGAGCUGGAGAACCAGAUCGACAUAGCCCUGGCCCUGAGCAACUCGAACAAUCGACCCAGGCGCAGUGCCGCCAUCACGGCCUCCGGCGAGCCAGUGGCCGACGACCCGAUACCCGACGAUGACGACGACGACGAGGAUGUCGAUGACGACGACGACGACUCGGCCGUCAAUGAGGCCGCCAGUCGGGCCGAGGCCUUCCUGUUCGAGCGCCUCGUCGUCGACAAUCCCCUGCUGAUGCCCACGCCCCCGACCAGCUUCCGUGUGCGGAUGAACAGCUCCAUUGCCCAGCCCCUGGACAUUGAUGUAAACGGUGGCGGUGGCGGCGGAGGCGGAGCUGGAGCCGGAAGCGGAAGCGGCGGGAAUGCGAAUGCCAGUGCGAGUGGCAGUGGUGCCAGCGGUUCCAGUGGUGCCGCCGCAGGAGGAGGGGCAGCCUCCUCCGCAGCUAGAGCCGGCUCUGGCGGAGGUGCGGCCGGCAGCAGCAGCAGCGGCGGCGGUGGUGGAGGCGCAGGCGGAGAACGCCCUGGGGCUGCCGCCCUGCGUCCCUCUUCGCGUUCUUGGAUCGCCCCGGACUAUAAUUUCAUCAGCGCCGCAGGCGGAAUACCCACCCCCGGGGGUAGCGGAAGCAGCAAUGCCCCCGCCAAUGGCAACAGCGAGGCAGGCGGUGCCGGAGGUAGCGGAGGCGGAGCAGCAACAGGAUUCCACACAGCCAGCGGAGGAGCCUCAGGAGCGGGAGCGGCAGCGGCAGCGGGAGCAGGAGCAACCGCUUCCUCGAACAGCCAGAACAUGAGCAAUCUCCUGGACGAACAGGUGGCCGGCGGCGGAUCUGGCGGCGGAGCAGCAGCGGCCAGCGGGGGCGGUGGCGGCGGAGGGGGCUCCGGCUCCUCGGCCCUGUGCAACAACGGAGUGCGCCGUCGCCUGAUGUACUUGGACCAGCAGUACUGCGUGUGCAUGCCCACGCACCAGAACCCCACGGAGGAGACCCAGGUCGAGAUAUUCACCCAGGACGCGCUCCACUGGUGGCUGGAGGAGGCCAAGGCCCUGGACAUGGAGAGCCAGACGGACGCGUGCCUGUACGCAGCGCACUUCCUGCUGCCGCAUCUGAUCCGGCAGCUGAAGGCGGCCCACUACCAGCGGAAGCAGGAGGAGGCCGCGCGCCAGUCGGCCAUGGCGGCCGCGGCCGCAGCAGCAGCCUCCACGGCCACCACCAUACCGACGCCAACGGCCACAACGCCGACCACCACCGGGUCGUCGGUGACAUCGACCUUCACGAGUGCCACAGCCACAGUGACAUCGUCGCCGGGAGCGGCAGGAGGCGCCACAACCACGAUCAGCUCCAGCUCGAGCAGCAGCAAUCGUCGCAGCUCCAUACCCGUACUGAUUCCCAUGCUGAUACCCUCUUCGCUGGCGCCAGCGCCGGCGGCAUCACAGGCCCAGCCAUUGGCCACCAGAGGAGCGAACCCCAACGAUGAAUCCACGGCCACAACAACGACGACUGCAACGAUAGUGUCCAGAGCGACAGCCAUAGCGACAGCGGUAGCGACAGCAGCGACCAUUUUCUCAGCGAACAGCGACACAGCUUCUGCGCCAGCCGAAGCCCUGGCCACGCCGCCGUAUGCCACAUCGGCUCGUUCGCGCCCGCUGCGUGCACCGAUACGCAACGCCACAAUGCGCCGGAACGAGCCACGGCCGUCCUUCAAUAUAUUCGCAGAGAUUGACCUGACCGACGAUCCGGACAAUGACAAUGAUGAUAUUUUAGAUCCAGUAGGAACAGAUCCACGUCUGAUACUGUUUCCCCCAGAAGAGGAGGAACCACCGCAGGCACAGGCAGAGGCGCAGGCAGAUGCCUUGGCUGUGGCCCCGAGACACCCGCCAGUGCCGCAUUUGCCAUCGGCCAGCGGCAGGCCGCCUCGUCUCCAUGCUCGCGGACAGGAUUUGAAUAUAUUCAAUGAAUUUGGACAGAAUGCCCCGCGCAUCCUUAAUGGACGCACCCAUCGGCUGAUGUACGGCCAACAUCAGCGGCUGCAUCAUCAUGCGGGACGUGGGCCGGCCCCGCCACCGCCGCCACCAUUGGCGCCGUCGCCGGCCUCAGUGCUCGAUUUCUAUCCGACAACAGCGUUCAUGGCGUCGUCGUCCUCUCGCGACCAGGACCAGGCCCCCACCCAGGAGAAUGUGCAGGAGGAGGAAGUGAAUGUCAGCCUGUUGCAGCCCGGCAUACUGGAUGAGCCCGAGCCAGCGGCUGCACAGCGCCAGCAGGAGGAGCAGCAGCCCCUGGACAGCGGCAGCAGCAGCAGCAGCAGCAGCCGACCAGAUCCACCGCCACCACCGCCGCCCACUGAUAGCACAACGCCGCCCAUCCAGGUGGCCAUCAUCGAUGAGCCGCUCUGGGGAGUGGCCACACUCAGCCGUCCCCCGCGGCCGACCACAGCACAUCCGCAGCAGCAGCAGCAAUCCACCAGGACGUCGGCCUCCGCUGGAGGUCGCAAUGGGAUACUCUUUUUGGGAUCGUCUCCCACCAAUGCCGCAGGAGGGGCCUCCUCUUCUGCCGCUAUAGCGCCAGCGCCAGCCUCAGCUACAGCGACACCGACACCGACAGCUGCUCCCAGCACAGAUGAAGGAGGAUCUAGUGGUGGUGCGACGGCCACUGCCACUGCACCUGCCACUGCCAGUGCCACUGCGAGUGGCUCUGGAACUGCAAGCCGAACCGUCACUGACAUGAGCCCCGAGGUGCGUGCCGCUCUGGGGGAUCUAGAGGUGCCAGAGGGCGUGGACCCCUCCUUUUUGGCGGCGUUGCCCAGCGAGAUGCGCGAGGAGGUGAUCCAGGAGCAUCUGCGUAUGCAGCGCAUCCGCCAGCGGGCCCAGCAGAACGCCAUCCAGAUCGCCCACGACUCGCUCGUGGAGGUGAACCCCGAGUUCCUGGCCGCCCUGCCGCUUAGCAUCCAGUCGGAGGUGCUCAUGCAGCAGCGCAUCGAACAGCAGCGCCAGGCGGCACAGACGGCCAACCCCGAGGAUCCCGUCGACACGGCAGCCUUUUUCCAAAAUUUACCCGAGAAUCUGCGUCAAGUGAUACUCUCGGACAUGGAGGAGUCGCAGAUUGCCAGCCUGCCGCCAGAGCUGGCCGCCGAGGCCCAGUUCCUGCGUCGCGACUGGGAGACACGCAACGGGCCGCGCCUGGGGGAUGCCCAUCCCCCCAGCAGUGCGCUGUCCCGUUAUCAGAACUCGCUGCAGAACCUGGAGGAUGCGCGCUGGCACAGCUCCAUUUGGUACGAUGCCAGCGGCAAUGCCCAGCCGCAGCACCACCAGCACACGACGAUUGUGCACCAUCAUGCCCACAGCCACGCCCUGAACGUGGGCAAGCCGCUGGCCCUGCUCAUGAUGGAGGACGAGAACAUCCUGCUCGAUCCGGACUCCCUGGCCACGCUGCUGCUGUUCCUGUUCGUCGAGGACCAGAAGGUGAACAGCGUGCGGCUGCAUCGCGUCAUCCGGAACCUGUGCCACCACGAGCCGACCCGCGACUGGAUCAUCAAUGCCCUGAUCAACAUUGUCCAGAAAACGAACGAGGAGAGCGCCAACUUCGGGGCGGGCCAGGGCCAGGGACAGGGCAGCAAGCCCGACUGGCUCAAGCUGCGCGUGGACGCCGCCUUUGGGUACAAGAGCAACAUAUUCCUGAUCAAUAACCUCCACGACGAGGCCGGCGGCAGUGCCAGCGGCAGUGGCAGCAGCAGCGGCAGCGGCAGCGCCAAGAGCAUCAGCAUUAAUCCGCAGGCGGCCCAAAUGAUUGUCCGCAACUGUUUGGACCUGCUGUUCGUCCUGGCCAAGCACUAUCCGUCCAGCUUUGUGCCCUACCAUCGCGAGGCCAAGGCCCGUCGCAUGCUUAGCGCCGUCUUCGGCCUGCCGCCCCCCAUCCCGGGAGCGCCGCGCGUCGAAGAACAGCCGCCGCCGCAACAGCAGCAGCAGAACCCACCCGCUGGCGGUACCCUGGACUUUCGUUCCCGCUUCUAUCGCUACCAGGUGGCCAAUCGGAUGCGGGCCAUGAUCGAGGAUCAUCAUCCCCGAAUGCUGGCCCCACCCACACCGCCCCCAGUCCAGCCCAUAGCCACAGUCCAGGCCACAGCCACGCCCACAGCUCCAGCUCCAGCGCCGGCUCCAGCCACGCCGCUCGACGAUGAGGCUCCCUCGACAUCGAAGGCAGCUGCAGCCAAGGCGGCAAAGGCAGCCACGACCACAGCAGCCACUGCAACGGAUGUGGGAAGCGGAACAGGAACAGGAACAGGAACUGGAAGUGGCUACCAGACCAAUUCGUACAACUUCUGGGAUGUGGUGCUGAACAUCGAUCGACAGACGGAGGAGCGCAUGAAGCACGUGGCCGAGUUCCCGAUCGUUUCGCAGCCCACCUGGGAGUGGGUGGCCAAGACAGGAGACUUCCUGUCGUUCAGCGACUCGCCGUUCGGGCAGCUGCUGGCCAUGCUGCCGUACAAGGUGAUCUGCCGGUCGCCCCACCUGACGGACAUGCUCGUGAAGCUGCUGGCCUCGCUCAGCACAGAGCUGCCCAAGGAGGAGGAGCCCGGCCCUGGGGCCGAGCCCCAGAUGCCCACGCUGAUACCCAUCAACCAGGCGGUGCUCAAUCAGCAGGCCCAGCAGAACCAGGAGAUGACCCAGGCAGCGGCCGCCCUGACGGGCGCCAAUGCCACUGGCGACGCCGGUCACACCACCACGCACGCUAGUCGUCCCCUGCCGGAGCUCAAGAAGAUGCCGCCGCCGCCGCUCACCCUCCAGAUGCCGGUCAAGCCGAAGCGCAAGAUCUACGCGAAGAACUUCUCGCAGCUGCAGCUCGUGAUCGAGGUGCUGACGCACCAGUGCGGCACCACCGAGGGCCUGGACAACGUGGCCAAGCUGAUUGUCAAUCUGACGCAGUGCUCGCAGGCAUCGAAUGCCAUUUUCAUACAGUACUUGACCGCCGCCAUUCUCGGCCUCGCCGAGGAGGUGCGCCAGGCCAUCCAGACGCUGCUCCAGGAGAUACGGGCGUACAACAUCAAUGCGGGAUUGCCCAGCACCUCGAAACAGGCAACGGCAGCGGCGGCAUCAGCAGCGGCGACGGGACCCUCCACUUCGGCUGGACUGUUGCCCAAUCUGGCCGUGAACGAGGGAAUCAUGCAGGAUCGCUUCACCGCAGAGCACGUGAUCAUUUCGGCCCCGAAGAACGCCAAGCCGACGUGCGAGCUGCAGCUGCCGUCGAUGAAGAAACUGAUGUCGAACUCCUCCUCGCAGCCGUUCUUCCUGCGGACCCUGAAGAUCUUCAUGCAGGUGCGGGACAUUUACGAGAACCAGACGGUGGCCUCCGACGACGAGGAGGACUUCAUCGACAUCCUGGGCGAUGGCGGUGCCACCAGCGGCAGCAGCUCGGAUGCCUCGCGCUUCCGGGCCCGCAUGGAGACGAAUCAGCAACCCUCGGACGGGGGGGCCAUCGACGGGGAUGGCGACGGCGACGGUGACGGCGAUGGCGACGACGAGGAUGACGAUGAGGAGGCCAUGCCCCUGGGGGGCGGCUCGUCCAGUAGUUGCGGCGUCGGCGGAGGCGGGGCUGGUGGCAGCGGUACGGCGGACAGCGGCAGCAAGCCGGGCAAGCCGACGCUCAGCCAGAUCCUGUGCCUCGAUGUCCUGUGGCACACGUUGAGCGAGUGCCUGGUGGCACUGGAGGAGUCCAAGGACGAGUUUGCCGUCCUCGUGCUGCAGCCCACGGUGGAGGCCUUCUUCCUGAUCCACGCAUCCCAUCGCAUACCCAAGAAGGGGGCACGCGGCGGCCGCGCAGCCUCAGCCGGCCGCACAGUGGGCGGCAGUGUGUCCUCGUCCUCGGUGCAGGACAUUAGUCCCCUGAUGGACGAGGGCAGCGGCAGCACAGCCUUCGGCUCGGACGAUGCCCAGGAUGCCAGCAACACGUCCAUCGGCAGCACUGCCAAUCCCAGUCCCAAUGCCGGAGCCGCGUCCGCGAGCUGCGGCUCCACAGCCGGUCUGAGUGCCCACGAGGCACAGCUGAAGCAGGAUCGCCACAAGUUCCUUCAGUUCGCUGAGAAGCAUCGAACUGUGCUCAACCAGAUCCUGCGCCAGUCCCCCACCCACCUGUCGGACGGCCCCUUCGCCGUCCUCGUGGACCACACGCGCAUCCUGGACUUCGACGUGAAGCGCAAGUACUUCCAGACCGAGCUGGAGCGCCUCGACGAGGGCAUACGCCGCGAAGAGCACACGGUCAGUGUGCGACGCGUGACCGUCUUCGAGGACUCGUUCCGUGUCCUGUACCGUCUGGGCCCCGAAGAGUGGAAGAAUCGUUUCUACAUCGUGUUUGAAGAUGAAGAGGGUCAGGACGCUGGCGGCCUGCUACGUGAAUGGUAUGUGAUCAUAUCGCGGGAGAUCUUCAAUCCGAUGUACGCUCUGUUCUGCGUGUCGCCGGGCGAUCGCGUCACCUACAUGAUAAAUCCCUCCAGCCAUGCCAAUCCCAAUCAUUUGAGCUACUUCAAGUUUGUCGGACGCGUGAUUGCCAAGGCCGUCCACGACAACAAGCUGCUGGAAUGCUACUUUACGCGCUCCUUCUACAAGCAUAUCCUGGGCAAGCAAGUGAAGCACACGGACAUGGAAUCGCAGGACUACGAGUUCUACAAGGGCCUCGACUAUCUCAUGAAGAACGACAUCUCCAAUCUGGGCUACGAGGUGACCUUCUCCACCGAAGUGCAGGAGUUCGGCGUCACCCAGAUCCGUGAUCUCAAGACAAACGGACGCGACAUCCCAGUAACCGAGGACAACAAGUUCGAGUAUGUGCAGCUGGUGUGCCAAUUGAAGAUGAGCGGCUCCAUACGUCAGCAAUUGGAUGCAUUCCUCGAGGGCUUCUACGAUAUAAUUCCAAAGCAUUUAAUCUCGAUUUUCAACGAACAGGAACUGGAACUUCUCAUAUCCGGCCUGCCAGAUAUUGAUAUAGAAGAUCUGAAGGCCAACACCGAAUAUCACAAGUACACGUCGAAGUCGGCACAGAUCCAAUGGUUCUGGCGUGCGCUGCGCAGCUUCGACCAAGCGGAUAGGGCCAAAUUCUUGCAGUUUGUCACCGGCACCUCAAAGGUCCCGCUGCAGGGCUUCGGCUCGCUGGAGGGCAUGAACGGCAUACAAAAGUUCCAAAUCCAUCGCGACGAUCGCUCCACAGAUCGCCUGCCAUGUGCCCACACUUGCUUUAACCAACUGGAUCUGCCGAUGUACAAGUCCUACGAUAAACUGCGCAGCUGCCUGCUGAAGGCCAUUCAUGAGUGUUCCGAAGGCUUUGGCUUCGCCUAAGCGAAUGCGAGUCCACGCCCACACAGCACUCGAUGAUUCCUAGACGACGACGACGGCAACAGCGUAGCGCUACGCGAACACCCACGAAAACGAAAUUUCAAUUAAUCUAAGCCACUCCCCCCCACACACAUAUAUAUUCGUGAAGAGAGUACAGAACAGCCACUGCAGAUGUGAGAGAGCGAGCGAGACCGAAGGCGCAAGCGUAAGGCAGCAGGAAAAAAGAAAAAUUAAAAAUAAAAAAGAAUAAAAACAGCAGCAGCAGCGGCAAACAGCAAAUGCAUAAACAUACAAUACAUAUAGUUAAAUAGUAUAUAUAAAAAAUGUUGAAUUAAUUAUUAAUUUUCGCGCCUAUAUAUAUACAAUAUAUAUUUUCUUAAAUUUUCAAAAAGGAAAACGAAAGUCGGCGAAAAAUCUUGGAAGUUUAGAGAGAAAGUAUAGAUUCCCAAAACGAAAACAAAAACCACACGAAAGAAAGAAGAAAAUUACACACAGAACACAACGGAAGAUAAGAAGAAACGAAGGAAUAAUUCUAAAUUUAGUGUGCGUAGAUCAUUUAAAAUAUGUUUUUUCGUUUUUCUGUCGAUUCAAACAUUUCCUUUCCCAUUAAACAAGCAAGAUAACAAUAAAAAAUACAAAUAAAACACAAAAUACAAAACAAUA